AUGGACGGGAGAUCGUGGGCCGAUCAAUGGGACACCGCACAGGAAAACCCACCACCGGAGGAAAAGAGGGGCGGCGGCGGCGGCGGAGGCGCGGCGGCGAAGUACGGGAAGAAGGUCGGAGAAGGGCUGGGGAAGACGAAGGCGGCGGCGGCUACCGGCGUGAAGAAGGUGUUUGAAAAGAAGUUCUUUGAGAUCUGGGUUUUGCUAGUGUUGUCAAUGGGGAGCUCAGAAGAGAGAGUUGUUGCUGUGAUCAUGGUGGGUGGGCCCACUAAAGGGACUAGAUUCAGGCCGUUGUCUUUGAAUAUUCCGAAGCCGCUUUUUCCCCUUGCUGGACAACCUAUGGUUCAUCAUCCUAUCUCGGCUUGCAAACGGAUCCCAAAUCUAGCGCAGAUCUAUCUUAUUGGUUUUUAUGAGGAGCGCGAGUUUGCAUUGUUUGUUUCGUCUAUUUCAAAUGAGCUUAGAGUGCCCGUCAGAUAUUUGAAAGAGGAAAAACCACAUGGUUCAGCUGGUGGACUCUACAACUUCAGGGAUUAUAUCAUGGAAGAGAAUCCGUCACAUAUUGUGCUACUGAACUGUGAUGUUUGCAGCAGCUUUCCACUGCUUGAGAUGCUCGAGGCCCACAAAAACUAUGGUGGGAUAGGAACAAUUUUGGUGAUCAAGGUUUCUCCCGAGUCUGCUCAUCAGUUUGGGGAACUUGUGGCUGAUCCUGUUUCAAAUGAGCUCUUGCAUUAUGCUGAGAAACCCGAAACUUUUGUCAGUGACCUUAUCAAUUGUGGCGUGUACAUAUUUACCCCAGAAAUAUUUACAGCUAUUCGAGACGUGUCCACUCAACGGAAAGAAAGAGCUAUACUAAGACGCUUAAACAGCUUUGAAGCCCUUCAGCCGGCAAAUAGGAGCCUAGCAACUGAUUUUGUAAGAUUGGAUCAAGAUAUUCUAUCACCCCUUGCUGGGAAAAAGCAGUUUUACGUGUUCGAGACAAGGGAUUUUUGGGAACAAAUAAAAACUCCAGGAAUGUCCUUGAGAUGCUCUGGACUCUAUCUAACCCAAUAUCGAUCCACCUCACCGCAUCUUUUAGCAAGUGGAAAUGAUUCCAAAAAUGCUUCUAUUUUGGGCGAUGUAUACAUUCAUCCCUCCUCAAAAGUUCAUCCAACUUCAAAGAUUGGUCCAAAUGUUUCAAUCUCGGCCAAUGCGCGAAUAGGAGCCGGUGCAAGGCUCGUUAGCUGCAUUAUACUCGAUGGCGUGGAGAUUAAGGAAAAUGCUGUUGUUAUUCACGCAAUUGUCGGCUGGAAAUCCUCCAUCGGGAGGUGGUCCAGAGUCCAGGCUUCAGGAGAUUACAAUGCGAAACUCGGUGUUACGAUUCUUGGUGAAUCAGUGAUAGUAGAAGAUGAAGUUGUGGUAAUCAAUAGCAUUGUGCUUCCAAACAAGACACUAAAUUGGUUCGGAGCUAAUUUGAUGGUGUGUAGUUCGGAUGGGAUGCAGACGUGGGCAACGACUUUUGCGGUCACCUGUUGGCGACUAUGGCACUGGAGGAACAAUGCCAUUUUUGCGAAUAAAGUGGUGCCCCUUGAGGAGCAGUUACAGGACAUUCGCCGAAGGGUGGCCAUGACCAUGAGAUGCCUUCUCACCCAUACAUCAUCACUUUUCUCCAUAAUCCCAUCGAAGUUUCCAGAUUUUAGACAUCAGUAUCAGAUUUUGAAGCCCCAUUUUCCUCAUCAUCAGCAAACGCAGGGUUUUUGGAGCUUGAAUUCUAAUCCCAGCCCACGUGAAUAUUGUUCGAUUUCCGGCGGUGGAGCGAAAGCAAUGGCGUCGGCGAAAAUUGUGAGGGACCCAGAGUCUGUAUCCUACUUGAAUCAGCGAGAAGCUGCGGAAAUUGAUGAAAUUCUCAUGGGGCCACUUGGGUUCAGCGUAGAUCAGCUCAUGGAAUUGGCUGGUUUGAGCGUGGCCGCUUCAAUUGCUGAGGUGUAUAAGCCAGCUGAACAUAAUCGUGUUCUUGCUAUAUGCGGUCCUGGGAAUAAUGGUGGUGAUGGCCUUGUUGCUGCUCGUCAUUUGCAUCACUUCGGAUAUAACCCAGUUAUUUGUUAUCCGAAACGUACUGCUAAGGCUCUUUACAGUGGGCUUGUGACACAGUUAGAGUCGCUGUCCAUUCCUUUCAUAUCAUUGGAAGAUCUUCCAGCGGAUCUAUCAACUAGCUUUGACAUCAUAUUGGAUGCAAUUUUUGGGUUCUCAUUUCAUGGCAGCCCAAGGCCCCCUUUUGAUGAUCUGAUACAAAGGCUGGUAGAAUUAGGAAAUCCCUGCGAAAAGAAUGAGAAAAAAUCACUUGUCAUAGUCUCGGUCGAUAUUCCAUCUGGAUGGCAUGUUGAAGAAGGUGAUCUCAGUGGCGAUGGUAUCAAACCUCAGAUGCUUGUCUCCUUAACUGCUCCUAAGUUAUGUGCUAAAAGAUUUUCUGGCCCACACCACUUUCUUGGAGGUAGAUUUGUUCCUCCUUCUAUAGCAGAAAAAUUCAAGUUGGAGCUUCCAGAAUAUCCUGGAACUUCAAUGUGUGUCCGCAUUGGGAAGCCGCCACGAGUUGAUAUAUCAGCUCUUAGAGAGAACUAUAUUUCUCCUGAGCUCUCUGAGGACCAAGUUGAUGCUAAUCCCUUUGUUCAGUUCCAGAACUGGUUUGAUGAUGCCAUAGCAUCGGGCAUGAAGGAACCAAAUGCAAUGUCCCUUUCCACAACCGGAAAAGAUGGAAAACCCUCAUCUAGAAUGGUAUUGCUGAAAGGAUUCGACCAAGAUGGUUUUGUCUGGUACACGAACUAUGGGAGUCGAAAGGCUCAUCAACUGUCAGAAAAUCCGCAGGCUGCUCUCCUGUUUUACUGGGAUGCUUUGAAUCGUCAGGUAAGAAUUGAAGGGCCAGUGCAAAAGGUUUCGGAUGACGAAUCUGAGCAAUACUUCCACAGUCGUCCCAGAGGUAGCCAGACUGGAGCAAUAGUUAGCAAACAGAGUACUGUUAUCCCAGGAAGGCAGUUUCUCCACGAGCAACAGGAAACGCUUGAGGCUAAGUACUCAGAUGGAAGCGUGAUUCCAAAGCCCAUCUAUUGGGGAGGGUACAGACUCAAACCCGAGCUGUUCGAGUUUUGGCAAGGACAACCAUCUCGCUUGCAUGAUAGGUUACGUUAUACGCCAGAGGAUAUUGAGGGAAGGAGAACUUGGAAAAUUGAUAGAUUGUCUCCAUGA